GUGGGUUGCGUGUGUUUUUCAGCGGAUAGACCACCUGCUCCUGUCAAUGUCACUGUCAGUCACCUGAAGGCCAACUCUGCCACUGUGUCCUGGGAUGUACCUGAAGGAGAUAUUAUCAUUGGUUAUGCCAUUUCACAAUUGAGGAAAGAUGGUCAGAUGCAAAGAUCUAUCCGUGAGGUGAAUACAACAAAUCGAGCUUGUGUGCUGUGGGAUUUGGAGGAAGACACAGAAUAUGUGAUUCAAGUUCAGUCAGUUGGUCUGAAUGGGGAAAGUCGGGCAAGCAAGCGUGUUCAGUUCAGAACUCUAAAGGAAACCGAUUGGGUGCCUUCAAAUAGCUCAAAUAAAGAUGACCCCACAGUCCAGGAAAUGAACUUGCCAUUGCAGACAGGAGAGAUGAUCAUUAUUGUGACUGUGCUGAUCAUGUGGGCAGCUGUUAUCGCUCUCUUCUGCAGACAGUAUGAUAUCAUUAAAGACAAUGACUCAAGCAAUAACAAGGAGAAGGCCAAGCCCUCAUCAGAGCACAGCACGCCAGAGCAUCCAACUGGUGGAUUACUGCGCAGUAAGUUCCAAAAUAACACACCAUCAAUUAACAUCAUUGAAGUUUGACUACUGCGGUACGGCUCUUCAGAUGGGACAAGAACGAACAGACGAAAGGAACAUUGUCUAAACCUGAUGAAUCCAUACUUUACACGAGUUCCAUUAACACCAGUUCUUUCUGCUUAAAAGCAUGUCAUAGCCAAGGUUUCCUUUCCUCAAAGGACCUGCAUGGAUAUUAAGGCCGUGCAUGAGGAAUUCCUUCUUCAGCAUAAAGGGCUUACAAAGGUGACCCGUGCAAAUGAUAUCCAGAGACAUGCAGUAUUGGCUAAGAUCUAUAUGAAGACUGCAAACAUCAGAGCACCCUACUCCAUAAAGAUCCCACUCUCAUUAAUUGGUUUACCAAUCUAAGACUUUUUGUCAAGAGUGCGG